AUGUGUUUGAUCCAGAGAGAUUAAUACAGUGUCCGUAUAACAAACAUCAUCAAAUCAGAGCCUGCCGGUUUCCCUAUCACCUCGUGAAGUGCAGGAAGAGCUACCCUGAAGUUGCGAAGAAAUUGGCCACGUGUCCCUUCAACGCUCGCCAUCUCGUCCCUCAAGCCGACCUCAGCGAUCACAUAACGAAGUGCAAUGACAAAGGGUUCGUUGAGCGAGAUAUAGUGCAUCAGUCCAGUGGCUUCCAGGGGAAUGAGACAAGUACCGUGAGCAUGUGGCAGGCACCUCCAUGUGAAGAAGACUGGGAAGCAGAGUCGUUGGAGCAGUCAGCUUCUCCUUUUAUCUGGGGCUUGACCAACUCUGCCAUAAACAGGUAG